AUGAACGAUAUUUAUUGGCAUGAGAAACGAACUAUGUCUUCAAAACAACUUUCAUCACCUCCACCAACACAACCUAGACGUUCAUAUGAAAAUACUCUUCGAACUAAUCAUCAUCAACAAAUGGAUUUUCGAUAUAAUUCACAUUCAACACCAACAACAGGUCGAACAGAUCCGUUAUCAUAUCUUCAUUAUCCAACAGUAUCUAGUCGAUCAAAUAAUAAUAAUAAUAAUAAUAAUGAAAAUUUUCCAUAUUCGUCCAGCGUGCAUGGAGUUUAUCGUCAAUUCCCACCCACUUUUAUGGCUUCUCCUUCUCCGUUACAUCCACAUCAAAACAGACACAUUGAUAUAAGAAAUCAGUCUCAUUAUUCUCAACAACGACAAGUAUCUCGUAGUGUUAGUGAUGAUUAUUUUACAACAAAAUAUGAUGACAUAAAUCGUCUUAGUGAUGAUAUUUAUGGUGAUGAAGAUGAAAAUGGACAUGAUGAUGAAGAUAAUAGUUCCGAAGUUUUCAAUUACAUAUUCGAAGAUACAGGUGAUGUGAUAUCAUCAGUGAGUUCACCUAUGGCAACAUAUCGUAAUGUUGGACAUCUAAAUUCGCCGAAUACAAAUAAUAAUAAUAAUAAUAAUCCUAAUUUAUCAUCAAAUAUCAAUCGUGAUUCAAUCGAUUAUGCAUCAACAAAAUAUAAUCAACAACAAACUUAUAAAUCUUUAACAAUGCCAAAAAGUCAUUAUCAAAAUAUAACAACAACUAAAGAUUAUCUUCCAACAGAUAAUGAUACAAAUUAUUUAACAGCAUCAUCAUCAUUAGAUACUGAAAUGAAUUCAAAUAUAAGUGAAUCAACAAAGCGUAUGAAUAAUCCUAAUGGAAAAUUUUCUAUACAUAAAAUUAUUCGACAAGGUAUUUCGUCAUUGCGUACACGAAAAAAACCACCAUCAAUGUCAACGCCACCACCACCCCAACUAAUUCCGUCAACAAAUACUGUCUAUGCAAAUACUUCAACAUUUCCACCAUCUCAACCUUCUUCAUCAAUUGAACAUUAUGUGACAAAUAAUGAUGAUGUUUCACAAGUUCCUCCACCAACAGCUGUACGUUCUAUAUCAGUUGAUUCAAUAUCAAAUAACACACCACCACAAAAAAUUAUUGUUACAGAACCAGUUACUGUUUCAACAGCAAGAGCAAAUAGUGUUGAUAGUGUUACAAUUGAUUUCGAUCGACCACCAACAGCUAAUCGAACUUAUAUUCAACCAUCAUGGACUAAUUCUUCAACGUCUACAGCAACAACUAUUACAACAAUUACUACUCCUAUUAAUACAGAAUCGAUAACUCGACUAACACCAAUACCUGCUACUCGAGUAUUACCUGUACAAUUUACUGAAAAUAAUAAAAUUUCUACACCACGAUCUCCUCCAUUAUUACCACCUCCACCACCACUAUCAUCUGUUGCAUCAUCUCCUCCGCCAUCCAAUAUAUCAACAAUAACAACAACAGCAACAACAAAAACAGUAGAAACAAAUACUGCAACAAAUUCUUUAACAAAAGUCCCAUCAAAUCCACUUAAAAUUCCACCUCCAGUUGCUCCUAAACCUGAUGCUAGUCGUUUAACACCAAUUCGUACAAAUUAUUUAAAUAAUAAUAAUAACACUAAUAACAACUUAUCGUAUUCUACUCUCAAUCCAACACCACCACAACCACCACCACCGCCACUGCCUCCACCACCAACGACAACUAGUGUAACAUUUACUACAAUUCCUUCUGCAUCUUCUUCUUUUUCAACUUCGACAACUACAAUUGAACAACGUCGUUCAGUUUCAUCUGAUAAAUUUACAACAAAUCAAUUUAAGCCUAUUCAUGAUAAUAAUACAGUUAUUUAUGCUAAUGUUACUCCAACUCCAAUGACACGUCCGAUAGCUGCAAAUAAUAUAUUAGCAUUACAAGAAAAAUUUCAAAUACGUUCUUCACCUGUAAAUACAACAAAUUCAUCUCCAUCACCAAUACCAGUAACUUUAACUACUUCGAAUAUGAUUUCUACAACUGUAACAAAUUCAUCAUCACCAUCAACAAAUUCUUCAUCAACACCAACAACAACAGUUAUUCAAACAAAUAAACAAAUAACUGUUCAAGAUAUUGAUACAACUAAGUAUGAAGAAAUUCCUGCUAAAGAACCAGAUUUUACACGACAGCCAGAAAAAAGUGCAUUAAAAAAAUCACAUGGUGUUAAACGUCGUGUUAUACCAGUAUUUAGAGAAAAUCAACGUCCAUCACCACGUCCUAGUCCAAAAAUUAAACCAACUGUUCUUAUAACUGGACCACCAUCAACAACAACAGCAACAACAGUCAAUGAUGAACAUAAUUCUGACAAUGAACAUAAUGAAAAUUCUUCAUCUGAUGAUGAUGGUGAUACUACUGAUACAAAAAAACGUUUUGCUAAUGUUAAACGUAAUGAUUCAUUAGCACGUUUUCUUAAAGAUCGUCCAUUGCCAAAUGAAUUAUUUGAUAAACAUAUUCUUGUUAAAUCAUUAGAUGAACGUAAAAAUGAACGUGAAACAAUUGAAACUAAAUUAGAACGAAAAUUAUCAUUAAGACCAAGUCAAGAAGAACUUGAAGCAAGAAAUAUUUUACGUGCAAAAACACAAGCUGAAUUAACAGCAGAAAAAGAAGAAAAGAAGCGAUAUUUAAUAAGAAAACUUAGUUUUAGACCAAGCAUUCAAGAACUUCGUGAUCGAAAAAUUAUUCGUUUCUGUGACUAUAUUGAAGUAUCUGAAUGUGACGAUGUUGAUCGACGUGCUGAUAAACCAUGGACACGUUUAACACCACGAGAUAAACAAAUGAUUCGAAAAGAACUUAAUGAAUAUAAAAGUUCAGAAAUGGAAAUUCAUCCAGACAGUGCAAAAUAUACACGUUUUCAUCCUCCUUAG